GCACUCCACACCGUCCGUGCGUCGACCAUGGCAUGGGGCAUAAGCUUCUCAAUGACAACGGAGAAUGGAUAAAGGAGAGGCGCAGUCACAGUGCAGCCUCUUCCUUCACCUGGCUCACGCUCAACCGCUGUGGGGAGCAGGAAUCGCCGUUGCGCUCGAUACCCUGUAAAUCUUGCCUGAGAGUCAGACUGACAUGUGGAGUCAGGAGUACAAACUACCAUUGACCGUUGCUGACGGAGACGAUCUACGAAAUGGAUCUGGGCGCAUAUUGUCGGAAUAGCCUCAGUGUGAAGUGGCUGAAGGACGAGCUCUACAAAGAAACGAUUCUCAACGAGGAACUAAACGCCCGCCUGCAGCAAGCCAAGGAGCACUACAGACAGAUCGGAAACAAAGUGGAACACGCGUACGAAGCUAUCAAGCACAUUCCGCUUCCUAAAGACAAGCAGUUGAGAGCGGAAGAGGAGAAGCUGCGAAAUGAGAGGCUCAAGGAGAGAUCCCAACCAACUGCUCUUUGGACGCCCUUUUCACGCAAUUCCACGCCUAAAACACCAAAAGAGACAUUUGAGAGCUCCGCUGAUGUGCGCACGGGCUUUCAACGACGUGAUCUCCCUGUGAUUGUGGACGAGGCGACUGCGGCAAGGGAGGAAGCAGCGGAACAGGUGGCUGCCGCGGACACGAAGUGCGUGCACUACUCAGACUCUCAAAACAGCGAAAUCGUCGAACAGUCCAAACAAUGGAGAAAACGGUGCAAGGCGGCAGCAAGGCCGAAGAGGACGCCUGGCAAAGCAAUGGACGAGGAGGCAGCACAGAAGGGACUUCUGAACUCAGACAAGAUGAAUAGCCUUGAGCCACCGCCCUUCAAAACCACUGUUGGCCCUGGGCGCCUAGUAACUCUCAACAGCUCCACAGAUGGGCCUGCAGAGCAGCAGCAGCAGGAAACGCCUCAGCCGACAGUAAAGCUGUUCAGAGACUUCAGAAAGCGAGUCAGGCAGAUAUUUUGGCCAGCAGACGCAGCGGCUUCGAAACCCAUACUUGUGAGAUGUGCCAGCCGCAAGCCGAAGAUGAUAGCCGAAAAGAAAUUCCUCUGGGAUCGACUUGAGGAACCUGGCUUGCAGCAGCUGUUUGUUGGUGUGGUCAACGAUGCUAUCGAUCGUAUGGUGCGCGUACACUACCCUGAUGGAGAAUAUAUCGUUGAAGAGAAUGCUGUCGCUCCUUUCCUGAUCAUCUUAACUGCGGGUUGUGUUGCUAUCACCAGGGAAGGCAAGAGCGAAGUUCAGGAGAACACCGUUGUUCUGAAGCCACUCUUAUUAAACAAUGGCACACCCCAUGUAGUCCACGUCAAAGCCGAGGGUGCCCAGGUCUGGGGCUUCGCACUGUCAGACCUUGAUUACCGGGAUCUGGCGAGGAUCAGGGACCACCAGUCAGCAGAUUCAGAGGUCGCGCGCCUGGAGGAUAUGCGAGAUCUCAGCGCCAAGGUCACGCGUUACGCCCUAUUCCGUCUUGCAGUCGCCGACCCCGGAAUCAUGGAAACGAGGUUUGAUAGUGGUGCGAAGAUUUGGAGAGAUUUCCCACCGGCAGAAACAGUGUUCUGGAUCGUGAAGGGUGCAGUGGAAAUCGUCCAUAGAAAGGACAAGACAAAACGCAGCCUGAGAACUUCACCGGGCUCCAUCGGCCGUCACAACUGUACAUAUCCUUCGCAUGCGAUUGCAGACGGUGGUCCAGUCAGCAUAAUCCAGAUGAACCUCCAGGCGUUCGAAAUAUUUCAGGAGGAGCUGAAAGCGUACAGCGAGUUGGAAUCACCGCGCAAGACAACGAGAACCAGGUACGCCCAUGUAACGGUAAAAGAGCUGACCUCGGACGUGGUUAUCGGACAAGGGACGUUCGGCAUCAUCUACCUCGCCCAGCUCAAUGGUCAGCUGCCCGGCCAGCACCCAGUGUUCGCCAUCAAGGAGCUGGAACGCGGUGCCUCGCUAGAGAGCAUGGGCAAGUAUCUCAAAUCGGAGUGCGUCUUCAUGCUGAACUUGAAUAGUGAGUACGUGGCCAGCGCCCACGGAGCAUACCGUGACAAUCACUGCCUCUACUACAUAAUGGACGCGUGCCUGGGAGGUGACCUGAACUCUUUCAUGAAGUAUUGCAGUGAGCACCGUCUUGGCUCACACCAAACGAAACGCUACAUUGCCGGCCACAUCGUGGAGGGUUUAUCCUACCUGCACCGGCGCGGCGUCGUUCACCGCGACCUGAAGUGCGGCAACGUGCUUGUGCACCACGAUCGCUCGGUACGCCUCACCGACUUUGGCUGUGCCAAGCGGCUGGCACCCGGUGAGUUGACUUACACCACUAUGGGCACGCACGGUUACAUGGCUCCCGAGGUGCUGCUUGAAUCCGGACACGACGUGUCCGCCGACUACUGGUCCCUGGGCGCCGCCGUGUACUAUAUGAAGUGCUGGAAGCACCUGUGCGGGGUCGGCAGCGAUGCUGACUUCUUCAAGCAGUGUUCCGACUUUAAGCCCCGUGACCUCCGCACGGUACUGGGCAGCGAUGAGGACGGCGCCGUCACUGCUGAUUUCGUCGCCUCCCUAUGCCGAGUAAACCGCAUGCAGCGGCUUGGCAAUAUCAGGUUCGGGAUUCAGGAGAUACGCGAUCAUCCCUUUUUCAUGGACCUCGACUGGGAGCGACUUAGACGGCGCAAUCUGCCCAAAGAAUACUAUGCAGAUGUACCAUAUGGAGAGGACAAUCCAACAGGCAUGAUUCGAGGUAAAAAGCCUGAAAUAAGAAAUCCUCCGGACAAAUGCACCAUUCAGCACGAAGCGUUCGAGUGGUUUCAGGAAAUCAAGUGGUAGGGCAUGUGAAGAGGCCCAAUUUAACAUCAUUGCAGUCUUCCGGGUCCGAUCACAUCCAAUCUAGCUUCUCUUCUUGACCUACCGGCACCCCGUCAUGACCGCACUAGUUAUCGUGUUUUGGACUCCAGUCGCUGCUUCUCUUUCGGUUAUUGACAUGUAUAGAAAACAUACCUGCUACCAAGGCAAUCGAACACCCGUCGCUGUUCUGACGGGGGAUUUCCCCACUAUUUCAGUGCACUAGUAGUAGUACAGAGAAUACUUCAUACUGGUAGGACCAGCCACUAUGUAAUCAUUGUGUCAUCAUUACAUCAUCAUCAUCACACCAUGUAUAUCUGUGUGGUCGCCUUGUGCAUACCGUCAGGCAGUUUGUAACAGCAAGGUACAGUGAUGUUGCCUUGAUGUAGAACUGCAACACAUGUAUCGGUAUAACGCGUUAGACCCACGCACUUCAAAUGAAAAAAAGACAUC